AUGACUGCGAAUGGGAACCGGGCCUCCACGUACACAGCUGCAUCGGGGGCCUCUGACGGCCGCAAUGGGGAGAGGAAGGAUCUCUGGAGCUCCCUCCUCGACUCAGUCGCCAGCGGCAAACGUCUGCCGGAGAAGAACAUCAUCGUAUUAGGCGGCAGUUCCGAAUCGCAGAGAGAUUUCCUAGAAUCCCUAUCCAACGGGAGCGAGAAACGCAGUCUCGAUCGACAGAGCUCCAGGGCACCUCCCGUCGCAAACAGCUUUGCCCUCGGUUAUACCUACUACGACGUACUAGAUGCCGACCAUGAAGACAUCUUGGCCCGGAUAUCCCUCUACAUGCUCUCCAACCCUUCCGAAGCCUUCCCCGCAUUGCUCGAGCCCUUACUCACCCCCGAGUCCAUACCGAAUACUCUCCUCGUCAUCCUGCUAGAUUGGUCCACCCCCCAUCUCUGGAUGCGACAACUGCGGAAAUGGAUCCUCUUCAUGCGCAAUGUGCUGGAAAAGACUAGUCGCGAAUCCCAGGCCGUCAUGGAGGAAGUCAUGGUCAGCUGGCGAGACAGGGGGCGCGGCGGCAGCUCUGUCAAUCUCGACGGCACCGCGACCGGAGCAACGGGCGAGGACGACGUCUCGUUGCCCCUGGGUCCAGGAGAGUGGGAGGAAGCGCUGGGCUUGCCCCUUUGCGUGGUUUGCCAAAGGGCCGAGAAGAUCGAACUAUUGGAAAAGUCACAAGGUUGGAAAGAAGGCGACUUCGAUCAGGUCCUGCAGUACUUGCGGACGACAUUACUCAGACACGGAGCAUCCCUCAUCUACACCACACCAAACGUACCCUCACCCCUACCAAGCCUGGUCCAUUCCAGCUUGGGCGUCACCUCCCUCCUCAAGAGGCAACCCCUUAAACACAACGUCAUCGAUCGCGACAAGAUCCUCGUCCCGCCAAACUGGGACUCCUGGGGCAAGAUCCGCGUCCUCCGCGACGGGUUCGACGUCGAGGCCACAAGCAUCGGCUGGUCGCGCGACCUGCAAUCCGAAUUCACCGACCCCGCCAUGACGACAGAGGGCCUCAACGUCCUCGCCAAGGCCAAGGCGGACGGCUCGUACCAAGGCGAGACCUGGUCCUCCGCCAUCGCCCCCUACGAAGACUGGAUCCGCGACCUCACCACCGCAUCCGAAGCCCUCGCCCUGGGCGCCGACGACGCCGACUCCGCCUCCCGCCUCGAGGUCCAGUCCGACGAGGCCCAGGACUUCCUCUCCUCCAGCCUCGCCGCCCUCGACGCCUACAAGGUCAAGGCCGAGCAGAAAUCGGACCCCACCAAAGGAGCCCGGUCCGCCACCCCUCCUUCUUCCUCCUCCUCAGCCGCCUUGGACCACGGCACGGCCCGCCACCCUCUCACCACCGCCUCGGACGGCAAGGUCAGCGACCACAUCGGCCCCGUGCAGUUCAACAUGGGCGGCAUCCAGGUCGACGCCGACGACAUGGUCCAGCGCCUCAAGGACCGCCAGGCCUACACCGCCGCCAUCCCUGACCGGGCUGCUUCCGGCUCCCCCGGCGCGGGCGCGGGCGCGGGCGACGGCGCCGCCGAGUCCGGCGACGUCAUCGACACGGAGAACCUCCAGGCCUUUUUCAGCGGUCUGAUGAACCGCAAGACAGCCGGCGCUGGUGGCGCUGCUGGCAGUGUCGGCACCCCGCGGGCGAGUGCUUCCUGA